AAUCAUAUUAUUCGACGUCGUGUCCGCUCGCGUUAUCAUUACGCCGCGUACGCGUUUUCCGUUCCGUCCUUCGCCGUCGUGCAAAUACAUAACCUGCCGACGGUCGCGUCGACAUAAUAACAAUUCGGGUGCCUAUUACGAGUGCGAUAUUCACCGUCUUGUUUACCUACGUUAUCAUUACGCCGCGUACGCGUUUUCCGUUCCGUCUUCAAAUAUAUCGAUCUGAGCGAGGAUCUGAGCGUUACGUGUGCUCGUAUUAUCCGACGUCGUGUUCGCUUACGUUAUUAUAACGCCGCGUACUCGUUUUGUACGUGCAUCGUUUGCCGCCGCGCAAGUACGUUCCCUUCAGACUGUCGCGACGCGAUAUUCAUCCUGAACGGCCAUACGAGUGUGCGUCCCUUUUGCAGUCGUAACGACUAACCGUUCUGGCGAUACGAGUGAGCGAUUUUCCCUUGUCGUUCGUGCAAACAUUAUCGAUCGACAGUCAUAAUACACUCACUGACGAUUUCACCUGCAAGUUGCUGGUAGUGCUAAAACAUCCAAGCCCUGGACUUCAUAAAUAUAGGUACAACUUAAAAUGCAACAUGUCAACAUUCAACAAAACUUUACACAUGUGGUUGAAGCUGAUGAAUUUCUAUCGCUAUCAUCUGAACAGUUAGUUAGGUUGAUCCCCAGUGAUGAGCUUACGGUGCUAUCCGAAGAAAAAGUAUUUGAAUGUAUGGUUUGUUGGGUAAAGCAUGACUCAGAUUCUAGAAAAUGUAUUUUAGCCCAAUUGUUGGAUCAUGUUCGUUUACUAUUAACAUCGGAAUCAGGAACUCUAAAAAGUGUAGAAGCAUACAGACCAAAUACAGGAGUUUGGACUACAAUAGCAGACAUGCAUUUGCCUCGAAAAAAUCUAGGUGUCGUUGAAUUUGAAAGAUUAUUGUAUGCAGUCAGUGGACGUGACGGAUUAUCUAUUUUGGAUCCUGUAGAGUUGUACAAUCCCAUCAUAAAUACUUGGACCAUGCUAGGAGCGUCAAUGAAUGUACCACGGUGUUAUGGGGAAGCAGUAGCCAUUGAUAGACCAUCUAAUAUUUAAAAUGUGUUAGCAUAGUACAUGAUUUUACAAACAUCCUACAGACAUAAACUUGAAAAAAAAAAUGUAUACUAUAGAUCUAUCAAAUAAUUUAUAAAGUUAACAAAUAGAUGCAUAUUUAUUUUAAUAUUUAUAAAAAAAUAUUGUAUUUAUAUUGUUUUUUGAAAAAUAGAGAAUGCUCAUUGCGCAAGGUGUAUAUUUAAAUUUGUACUACAAGUUACAACAUAGUAUAGGUAAUAUUUAUUGUCAGUUUUAAAUAUUUAAUUUAAUAUUUGAUGUAUUUUUUUUUUUUUUAAUUUUAUUUUAAGAUAACUGGCUUAUCAAAAUAUGCUUAUUUUAGUUCCAGUCCAUAACGGAUGGAAACUAAGAAACUGUAAAAUCGUACUCGUACAAUUUUUAGGUAGCGUAUCACUAUUAUUUUAAUAACAUAAGAAAAAGUAGAAAAUAUAAUGUGAUUGUUUUGAAAA